AUGUUGCGAGGGCUGGCAGUAUUUCUGUUCAUUCUUGCUAUUGCAGACCCAACCAGUGGAUUGAAUCCAAGGAAGCUUGAUGAAAACACUGUGCCAUCGGAUUCAGGAAACAAGUGUGGGGGGUGCUCAGCUUGCAACAACCCAUGUUACCAAUCCCCUCCACCACCACCACCUCCGCCAUCUCUGCCACCGCCACCACCGCCUCCCAAGAAGCCUCCAACUCCAAGCCUAUACUGCCCACCACCACCACCAUCAUCUUUCAUUUACAUAAGCGGUCCACCGGGGAACUUAUACCCUGUAGACCCAUAUUUUUCGGGUGCCGGCAGGAGUUUUUCCUCUGGACUGCCUCUUUUGAUCGGUGGUGGACUGUUGGGAUUGCUAGCUUUGUGGUGA